AUGGUUAUAUUGAUUGUUAAAGGAGACAAACCAACUACACCAAGAUCCAAUGAUAUUCCUAUUCCUUAUGUAGAAUCCUAUUUUCAUUUGGCAUCUAAUCAAGAUAAAGGGAAUAAAGAAAAUAUUCCCAAGAAAUUUCAAGUGAAAGUCAUGAUAUCAACAAUUGAAGCUCCAGAAAAGAUGAUGAUGAUAAUUCAACAAGGUGCAAUCAGUUGA